AUGCGAAAAGGGUUUGUCGGAUCGACAUUCGUCGGAAGCGUGAGUCCAGAUGGAGGAUACCACAUGUUGCAAGUUAAACGCGAACCGUCAGAAGCGAGUCCUGUGUCUUACAUGUACGGAGGAAACGUUAGCCCAAUGUAUCCGGGAGCUUCACCGGGUCCCCCUUCACCCAAUAGCACUCCUUCACCGGUACCCUAUACGUACUCGAACGUUAAUUUGCUCCGACACAACGCGGGAGGAGGACUCAUAGAACUCAAACCAAAUGAAAACAAUCCUUUCAAAUCGGACCUCGGAUAUUCUUCGCCCGGUGGUGGUGGAGGAGGAGGAGGAGGUGGUGGACCUCUCAAACCUCACGGAUCGGAAAAUUCAACCUUGCCAUACUCUGAUAUUUUCCCAUCGAGAAAUCCACCGAACGCAAGUUCGAAAUCCGCGUCCGCGAACAACAAUAACGGAAAUCCGGAUGUUGGUAACAUGGGAAAAAUUGAAAACAAUUCUAAUAGAUCUCACGUUGCUGGAAAUGCUGGAAACACCAUGUUGGACAUGGAUUCUCAGCAGUACAGCCUUGAAUUAAAUUUAGGUAAUUUAGAUUCGGCCGAAUUGACUAGGAUGGCAAUGAUGACUGAUGCUAACCUAUCGGAAAAUUUAUCUAGUAAUCUAACGUUAGAUGACAAAGUUUCAAAAUCAGCCAUGGAAUGUGAUCAAAAUAACAUGACAGAUAGCUUCACAAGAGUAGCUAAUAAUGUUAUUCAAGAAUUAGUUUCAUUAGGAGAUAUGAAUCAAGGUACUCAACAAUGA